AUGUGGACAUUCUCGGUGGAGAAUGGCCAGCCUCCUGACCCCGCCCACUGGGCAGUGGCGGAUGUGGUGGAGUAUUUCAGAGCCGCUGGCUUUCAGGAGCAGGCCUCCGCCUUCCAGGACCAGGAAAUCGAUGGAAAAUCCCUACUACUGAUGACCCGGAACGAUGUUCUUACUGGGCUGUCAAUCAAGCUGGGCCCCGCCCUGAAGAUCUACGAGUUCCACGUGAAGCUGCUGCAGACGCAGCACCUGAAGAGCGGCACGGCGUAGCGCCCCCCGCAGGCCAGCAGGGGCGGAGCUACGAGCAGGCUCCUGCUCUGUGGAGCAGCUGGGCCUGCAGUUCAUUAUUUCAGCCACAUGGGGGGGCACUGUUAUUCAAUCCCGCCGAGUUCCUGGACGGACCCACGCAUGGACGUUCCCUUAGGAAUCGAACGCACAAAGGUGCGUUUCCUCAGUGACGGACUCAAGGAACUCCAGACGAGCACAUUCUGAAUGUGCCACUGAAGCCAAGAGCAGAACCAGAGCAAACCGGAACCUGCCUGUUCAACGGACCUGGUCGGACGCGAGAAAGACAAACCUGCUCAGCCCUGACCAUGUUCCAGAACAAAGUCUACCGUCGUUAUGAAAGUAGAAUAUUUGAAUAUUGCUAAAAAGUAAGCAUGAA